AUGGCGCGCCUCGCGCGGAUCACCUUCCGAUUCAUUCCGCCGAGAUCCCCACACUUCGGCGGCUUGUGGGAAGCCGGAGUGAAGUCCUUCAAGCACCACUUUCGGCGCAUUUUUGGUGGAAGGUCCUGCACCGUGGACGAGUUGACUACCGCCGUAGUUCACAUCGAGAGCAUCCUGAACUCCCGCCCACUCACGCCUCUCACAGACCAUCCGGACGACCUGGCUAUCCUGACUCCUGGGCACUUUCUGAUCGGGGAACCCAUGUUCUCGAUCCCAGAACCCGAUUACACCAGUGCCCCGCUCAACCGAAUCACUCGUCUGCAGGAAACACGUCGCUCUGUCCAGGAUUUCUGGAAGGUUUGGUCCAGGGAUUACAUCAGCCAACUCCACCAGCGGUCCAAGUGGAGAACCGCAACCAAGAACGUGCAAGAGGGAGCCCUGGUGUUGCUCAAGUCCAUCGACCUGCCACCGUUUCUGUGGAAUGUCGGAAGAAUCACCAAAACGUUUCCUGGCGCAGAUGGACUGGUGCGAGUAGUCCUGGUGCGAACGGCUCAUGGAGAGUACAAGCGCGCCGUCACCGAAGUUCGGGUUCUACCGAUCGACCAACCGGCCGACGAUGUCGAGGACAAGGCGGUUCCGGAGGCAGCCGAGAACGAGGAAGGAGACGAGCAGGCGGAUCCAGAUGCAGCUGAGAACGACGAUGAAGGUGUCCAGGCGGUUCCAGAGACAGCGGGUUGA